CAACCUCAUAGCAAUAUAGCCUCGUGAUCAAAAACAGAACCGAAGACAGCAAACGUUUUUUUGCAGCCACAAAACAACUUUUAAUUGCAGGUGUUGCACAGUACUGGUUGUUCUUUACAGAUCAAUAGUGGCAGUCGUUCUUCACAAUUUCUGAAGAAGUCGUGAUGAUGGAGAGCUUUCCUUUUCCAGCUAAGCACACCAAGAUUGGUUUUCUAUGUGGUGUCGUUCUGUUUUGCAUUUUCAUCUGUGGAGUUAACUCAAAUUCGAUCAGCUUUGUAAAAGUCCUUAACKAUGAGGGAGAAGGAAACUUGAAUCACUUUUCUAAACGCUUCAUUUUCAAUGAUCAGUUUGAUGAUGAUAAGAUGAAAGUGAAAAAGUAUCUGUCAAGAGAUGUGAUUAAAGAACAUCUGGACGGUUUGGUCAAGGAUUUACGUGAAAAAAAAAUUUUGGUGACGACUAAAAUUACAGGCACCGAGAUUACAGAGGAAUUUACGGCAACGCAUGUGACAUUGAAAGAAGUUUUGUACUUGCUUCAGUUUUUCCCCUUGAUAUACAAGGGUGUGAAAGAGGCUGUUGUCUUCCGAAUUCCAAUCRAAGGGAAGUAUAUAGAUCUAGGAAUGAAAAAUCAGGACAACUCUGAAUGCUUCAAAGCUGCUCUUCUCAUAUCAGAUGGCAAAAUGGGCUUUGAUCCUGAGGACCUUGCUCCAAUCAACUCUAUUGCAGAAGAUUUGCAAAAGGCUGCUAAAGAUAAAAUAUUAAAUGAUGUAAAAAAUGGCCUACAAGCACUAUUUGUUUCAAAACUWGAUUCCCUUGGACAUAUUAAAGAUACAAAUAUCUUUAAAGCAGGAAUAAAGUUUCUCCUUUCAACCUCACUCCARCGAAAAGCACCUGAUAGCCCUAGUAUGGUACUCAAAGAACUUAACUUUAAUGUAAGAAGUGAACUUGAUAAAUAUACUGUUGAACAAGUUCAGGGAAUAAACGAAGUAAAACUGAAGUACGAAUUAACGUACAGUAUGAUGAUGAAGGAAAGUUCUUACAAGACAGAAUGGGAAGAAUUGUCUAACAAUGGUAUUGUCGCCGUCACAGACCCAGACGAGUACAUCACAAUGUCAGUAAACCCAAUGACAAAUCAAGUUGAUUUACGGACAAUYUUCAAACUCUUACAAUCAAUCUUGUAUUUUUCUCAUGGUAAAGUACGAUGUGUCGUUCCCAUUGGUGGAAAGAAUAGAAUCUUUUACCUSUCUCGGGCAACAAGGGGGGACACUCAAAUCCUGGUGCAAUCUAAUGAUGCUGACUGGGCUCUACAUGUGGACAAUUCGUUUAGCGCACCAAGCUACAACGAUAUSAUWMAKGAUUUGAGUAAUUUUCCCAAUCAAAAUUUGCUGGCCGACAUUAUGAUACAAGCUUGCACUUUACCUCUUAAUGCUCAACCAAAAUUUGAGGACACAUUGAAAGAUYCGUUAAUAAUACGACGUGUUGUCGAAUUCCUCGUGAUAGCCAUGGUUGCAGAAGCAGCAACACCAACAGACCUCGUCAAGAAAGUCUUUAUCGAGGAGUUGGCUAGAAGUGCUGUCUUWAAAAAAYACUUUCCAGAAUGGAACUCAAUGCCGAAACUCGAUGAAACUAGGAAAGACGUGAGAGGCAGCGGGAGAAGCCCGACCAUGGAUGAUGUUGCUCUUAAGCUACUGUACAUUAUGAAAACUAACGGGGGAAAUAUCAAGGAUGUAUUCAGUGUGGCUAACUUCCCCGUUAKAGACCAAGGAGGGGUAGCAAAAGGACGAAACUUUGUGUAUGUCUAUGGUGAAAGUGACAUCCCAUCCUUUUGGAUUAGAAAGAUGGCUGGUGAAAUAGUGGAGGCUGCUGCAACAUGUACAUCACUCAUACCCAUAUGAUGCUCGUCCAUAAGACUCUGGCACUGUAACAUGAAAUCUAUAUUUAUUUAUACGUGAAACUUAUACAUUACAAAAUAGUACUUAUUAUAGCAUGCUAAUUCCUUUGUUUUCUAUUGCUUAAAGUGCACAUGACAACUUUUAAAAAUCACUUUUAUCCGAAAGUGUACAUGCUGCCAGCCAAGCACUUUUGUGAAGAAAGAAAUAGAUUUGCAAUUUUACUUUCUGAGUUAUAGGCAUUUGAAAAUUGAAAAUGCAAAUGAAAUGGUGUCAACCAAGGAAUUGGUCCAGUCUUUUUACAUUGUUUGUGUUAUGUUGUUCUCGUGGUUGAA